CGCAGUGCCUGUGGACCUGGAACGCAUCAUGUGUCGGCUAAUCUCAGACUUCCAGCGCCACUCCAUCUCCGACGAUGACUCAGGCUGUGCCUCGGAGGAGUAUGCCUGGGUGCCCCCUGGUCUCAAGCCCGAACAGGUGUCGGCCAGUUGAGGAGGAACCAAAAGAGGGACAGAGAAGGAGCAGCCAAUAAGGUAGGAGGAAACAAACCCAGGGCCAUACGGUGUUCUGGAAGCUAAGGGAACAGAGUGUUUAAGGAAGAGGGAGUAAUCAGCUGUGUCCAGUGCUACUGAUCGGUCAAGUUGGAUGAAGACUGAGACGUGAACAAUGAGUUUAGCGAUGUAGAUGUCACUGAUCACUAUGACAGGAAUAGCUUUGGAGGAGGGGCAGGGACAGAGGGGGCGGGGAAGCCUGACUGGAGUGGGGUCUAGAGAGAAUGGGAGGAGAGGAAUUGGAGACAGCAAAUGCACACAACUCUUUUGAGGAAUUUUGCUGUAAAGGAAAAAGAAAAGUGGAGUGGCAGAUGGAGGGAAAAGUGGGGUCAAGACAUGAGAGAACUCUCAGUAUGUUUGGGAAGUGGCAGAAAUGACCUGGCCUGUAGGAAGGAGAGAUGGAGGGGGUCAGUAGAAGUGCCCUCCUGAUGACUUUAAUUUUCUCAGAAAAGUCGGGACCCGCCAUCCCACUGCAUCACCCCUAGUCUCAGUUGUUUUCUCCCAUCCCCCAUGUCCUCCCAGGUAUACCAAUUUUUCAGCUGCCUCCCAGAGGACAAGGUCCCCUACGUCAACAGUCCUGGGGAGAAAUACAGGAUCAAGCAGCUGCUGCACCAGCUGCCCCCACAUGACAGUGAGGCACAGUACUGCACGGCACUAGAAGAAGAGGAGAAGAAAGAGCUCAGAGCCUUCAGCCAGCAGCGGAAGCGGGAAAAUCUGGGGCGUGGCACCGUGCGCAUCUUCCCUGUGACCAUCACUGGGGCCAUCUGUGAGGAGUGCGGGAAGCAGAUUGGAGGUGGGGACAUUGCCGUGUUCGCCAGCCGUGCAGGCCUGGGUUCGUGCUGGCACCCACAGUGCUUUGUGUGCGCCACAUGCCGGGAGCUGCUGGUGGACCUCAUCUACUUCUACCAUGCUGGCAAGGUCUACUGUGGUCGCCACCAUGCCGAACGCCUGCGCCCACGCUGCCAAGCCUGUGACGAGAUCAUCUUCUCCCCUGAGUGCACGGAGGCCGAGGGCCGGCACUGGCACAUGGGUCACUUCUGCUGCUUUGAGUGUGAAGCAUCGCUGGGAGGGCAGCGCUACGUCAUGCAUCAGAGCCGCCCCCACUGCUGCGCCUGCUACGAGGCCCGCCACGCAGAGUAUUGUGAUGGCUGUGGGGAGCACAUUGUUUUCCCUGUCAUGUCCAUCCCUGCAGGCCUGGACCAGGGCCAGAUGGCUUAUGAGGGCCAGCACUGGCACGCCUCAGAUCGCUGCUUCUGCUGUAGUCGCUGUGGGCGAGCCCUCCUUGGCCGCCCCUUCCUGCCACGCCGUGGCCUAAUCUUCUGCUCGCGAGCUUGCAGCCUGGGGUCCGACCCCAAGGCUCCGGGGCCCGGCCGCCGCAGCUGGAGCGCAGGCACGGUCUCCACACCUCUCACAGACUCUACAGCCUCUUUCUCUGCUGUGGAGGGGGCGUCUGAGACCUCCACCAAAGGCACCAGCACGCAGCCAGCACCUGCUGCAGGCCCCGAGGAGCCCGCCCGCUUCCUGAGAGGGGCCCCUCACCGCCACUCCAUGCCCGAGCUGGGGCUCCGCAGUGUCCCCGAACCACCCCCAGGGCCUCCCGGGCAGCCGGACCCGCUCCCAGAAGAUGGUGCCUUUGGUCGCCAGAGCACCCCUCGCGUCAGCUUCCGCGACCCUCUGGUGUCUGAGGGAGGCCCACGACGGACCCUGAGUGCGCCCCCAGCCCAGCGCCGCAGGCCACGCAGCCCCCCACCGAGGGGCCCCACGCGUCGCCGCCACCGCCGCCACCACCAUCAUCACCACCACUACCACCACCAUCACUGCCGUCACUCUGGCAGACGUCGCCACCAUCAGUGUGACUUGGGAUCAGGGUCGGACUCAGGAUCGUGCUCCAGCUCGCCCUCCAGUCCCAGUUCUGAGUCCUCAGAGGACGACGGCUUCUUCCUAGGGGAACGCAUCCCGCUGCCCCCGCACCUGUGCAGGCCAAUGCCUGCUCAGGGUACUGCAGCUGAGACCCCCAACUCCCCAUCUCCGCAGCUCCCUGGGCACUCUCGCCUAGGGAUGCCUCGCCAGGCCAGAGACAAGAACUGCAUUGUGGCUUGAAGGAGAGAGAGUUCUGGGGGGCUGCAUUCUCAAGUCCGUGUAGAUGAUGACCCACCCCCCCAACUGAAGUCAUAAAUCCCCUGCCUUCCUCCCUCCUUCGUCUGUUUGUAUUACUGAAGUAAUUUAAUAUUUGUUGUAAAACAUGCCU